CAGGUACUUGGAAAAGAUGGUGCUUCAGAGACUCGGGAACUUGCUGUGCAGCGAUGUUUCUAUCAGGGAUUUAUCAGAAAUGACAGCUCAUCUUCUGUUGCUGUGUCUACGUGUGCUGGCUUGUCAGGUCUAAUAAGGACACGAAAAAAUGAGUUCCUCAUUUCACCGUUACCUCAGCUGCUGGCUCAGGAACACAACUACAGUGCCCCAGCAGGCCACCAUCCUCACGUACUGUACAAAAGGACAGCAGAGAAGAAGGUCCAGCAGUACCAAGGCUACCCUGGCUCUCACCGGACCUACCCUGCUCACUCCCCAAGUCUCACUGCCACUGCCUCCCAGAGCCAAGACACAGAGUACCGCCAUCGAAGGUGGCAGAAGCAGCAUUUUUGUGGACGACGCAAGAAAUGUAUAUGCCCCCAAGCCUCCCGCAGAGGACACUUAUCGCCGGUUUGAUGAAUAUGGGAGUGCAGGGCGGCCCAGACGAUCAGCUGGCAAGUCCCAAAAGGGCCUCAGUGUGGAAACCCUUGUGGUGGCAGAUACCAGGAUGGUGGAAAAGCAUGGCAAGGGCAAUGUCACCACAUACAUUCUCACAGUCAUGAACAUGGUCUCCAGCUUAUUUAAAGAUGGAACAAUUGGAAGUGACAUCAACAUUGUUGUAGUUAGCCUCAUUCUUUUGGAACAAGAACCGGGGGGGCUGCUCAUCAACCAUCAUGCAGACCAGUCUCUGAGUAGUUUUUGUCAGUGGCAGUCUGCUCUGGUUGGAAAGAACGGCAAGCGACAUGACCACGCCAUCCUACUCACGGGAUUUGAUAUCUGUUCCUGGAAGAAUGAGCCAUGUGACACACUAGGGUUUGCCCCUAUCAGCGGAAUGUGCAGUAAGUACCGAAGCUGUACCAUCAACGAGGACACAGGACUUGGCCUCGCUUUCACCAUCGCACAUGAGUCAGGGCACAACUUUGGCAUGAUUCAUGAUGGCGAAGGCAACCCCUGCAGGAAGGCUGAAGGCAACAUCAUGUCUCCAACGCUGACUGGAAACAACGGGGUGUUUUCAUGGUCUUCUUGCAGCCGACAGUAUCUCAAGAAAUUCCUUAGCACCCCUCAGGCUGGCUGCCUAGUGGAUGAGCCCAAGCAAACAGGACAGUAUAAAUAUCCGGACAAACUACCAGGACAGAUUUAUGAUGCUGACACACAGUGUAAGUGGCAGUUUGGAGCAAAAGCCAAGCUCUGCAGCCUUGGCUUUGUGAAGGACAUUUGCAAAUCUCUUUGGUGCCACCGAGUGGGCCACAGGUGUGAGACCAAGUUCAUGCCUGCAGCAGAAGGAACUGUGUGUGGCUUGAGUAUGUGGUGUCGGCAAGGCCAGUGUGUAAAGCUUGGGGAGCUAGGGCCCCGACCCAUCCAUGGUCAAUGGUCGGCCUGGUCGAAGUGGUCUGAGUGUUCCCGGACUUGUGGAGGAGGAGUCAAGUACCAGGAGCGACACUGCAAUAACCCCAAGCCUCAGUAUGGUGGCAAGUUCUGUCCAGGAUCUAGUCGUAAUUACAAGCUAUGCAACGUUAACCCUUGCAGUGAAAAUAGCUUGGAUUUCCGAGCCCAGCAGUGUGCAGAAUAUAACAGCAAGCCUUUCCGGGGAUGGUUCUACCAGUGGAAACCCUAUAUGAAAGUGGAAGAGGAAGAUCGAUGCAAACUAUACUGCAAAGCUGAGAACUUUGAAUUUUUUUUUGCAAUGUCCGGCAAGGUGAAAGAUGGAACUCCUUGUUCCCCACACAAAAAUGAUGUCUGUAUUGAUGGGAUUUGUGAACCUGUGGGAUGUGAUCAUGAACUUGGCUCUAAAGCAGUUUCAGAUGCAUGUGGUGUUUGCAAAGGUGAUAAUUCGACUUGCAAGUUUUAUAAAGGCCUAUUCCUCAAUCAGCCCAAAGCAAAUGAAUAUUAUACAGUCGUCACCAUUCCAGCUGGGGCCCGAAGCAUCGAGAUACAGGAGCUACAGAUUUCCUCCAGCUAUCUUGCUGUUCGAAGCCUCAGUCAAAAGUACUACCUCACAGGUGGCUGGAGCAUUGACUGGCCUGGAGACUUCCCCUUCGCUGGGACCACAUUUGAAUACCAGCGUUCCUUUAACCACCCAGAACGUCUGUAUGCACCAGGACCCACAAAUGAGACUCUGGUCUUUGAAAUUCUGAUGCAAGGCAAGAAUCCAGGGAUCGCUUGGAAGUACACACUUCCCAAGGUCAUGAAUGGAACUCAGCCAGCCACAAAGAGACACCAUCAUACCUGGAGCACAGUGCAGUCGGAUUGCUCUGUCUCCUGUGGGGGAGGUUACAUAAGUGUAAAGGCCAUUUGCUUACGAGAUCAAAAUAUUCAAGUCAAUUCCUCAUUCUGCAAUGUAAGAACCAAGCCAACAACAGAACCCAAAAUAUGCAAUGCUUUCUCCUGCCCAGCCUAUUGGAUGCCAGGUGAAUGGAGUGUGUGCAGCAAGUCAUGUGCAGGGGGUCAGCAGAGCCGGAAGAUACGGUGUGUGCAGAAGAAGCCUUUCCAAAAAGAGGAGGCUGUCCUGCAUUCUUUCUGCCCAGUGAGCACACCUACUCAGGUUCAAGUCUGCAACAGCCAUGCCUGCCCUCCAGAGUGGAGCCUUGGGCCCUGGUCUCAGUGUUCUAAGACCUGUGGAAGAGGAGUAAGAAGACGUGAGCUCCUGUGUAAAAACUCUGCAGCAGAAACACUCCCUGAGAGCCUGUGCUCCAGCAGCCUUAGGCCUGAGGCACAGGAGGUCUGUGUGCUGGGACGAUGUCCCAAAAAUACCCGGCUCCAGUGGAUCACCUCUUCAUGGAGUGAGUGUUCUACAACCUGUGGUUUGGGUGUGAGGAAGAGAGACCUGACGUGCAGCGAGAAGACACUGCAGGGGAAACUGGUAACUUUCCCAGAGCGUAGAUGCCGCAAUAUUAAGAAACCAAACCUGGACUUGGAAGAAACCUGCAACCUAAAGGCUUGUCCGGUGUACAACAUAGCAGCUGGAUGGUAUUCGUCACCAUGGCAACAGUGCACAGUAACCUGUGGGGGAGGAGUGCAAACCCGGUCUGUCCACUGUGUGCAGCAAGGCCGGCCAUCAUCAGGUUGUCUACUCCAUCAGAAGCCUCCAGUGCUCCGAGCCUGUCAUACAAACUUCUGUCCAGCUCCAGAAAAGAGAGAGGACCCAUCCUGUGUGGAUUUCUUCAGCUGGUGUCAUCUAGUCCCUCAGCAUGGUGUCUGCAACCACAAGUUUUAUGGCAAACAGUGCUGCAAAUCAUGCACAAGGAAGAGCUGAUCUCAAGCCUCUGUCCAUCUCUAGGGGUCCAGCCUCAGAAACCAAGUACUACGAGCUGCUUGGAAGCUGCUGCAAAGCGUGAAGCAUGGAAAGCUGGCCACCAGCCUCCAUAUUCAAUUUUCUGAAGCACAUGGUGCUCUGAAGCCUAUGAUAAUGGGAAGCGAUGACAAAUCUUACUGAAGAAACAAACUUGAUUUGCACUGUUACAUGAACAAAUUAACAUGUUACACUGAGAUAUGUCACAUUUUCAUCUUAACAAAGUGAGAAUAUUGACAACAUUGGGACAAGUCCUAUAUUCAUCCCCUACCCCUUAACCUCGAAAUUCAAAGGAUUCAGUGGCAAAGACAUCUGUUUUCAAAAAGGUUCUUUAAGACUGAGACUUGGAGCCAUCAUGUAUGGAUGGGACACUCUUCUUAACAAAUAGUUGCUGGGCAUUCAUAAUUUGGACACCCACACCUGGUUCUACUAGAAGCUGAAUGGUGCUCAUAUUGCUGCUUGCUGCUGGGCUGGCAGGCUUCGUGUUAUGUUCAGUUAUUGUUUGUGUAUUUUUUAUUAUUUUGUUUCAGUUAUAUUCUGCUCAUAGAGAGUCUCUAAGACUGAAAUUCACCACUUCAAAAUUAUUGCAAGUCAUACUCUGAAAAUAGCUCUGCACAGGCUACUUAAGAACUUCAUGUAAUUGAGAUUUACAAUUGGAAGAAAAAACUCUGUCAAAUACAGACUGAUGUCCUUCACAUGGUUUUAACUUUAUUACUUUUGGUGCUUGGUGAAUGAGAAUGUCAGGGAAGGCUGGUGCCUCCUCUUUAGGAAUAAGAAUUGAUGACAUGAUCCUUUUGGUAAAAAUAGGUGCUAAUGGCAAAAUGGUGUGUUUCUAAUAUUCCAUAGAUGUUAUCAGAGUGCCUGGAAAAUUAAAGGCUGCUAUGGGGCUUUUUCCUACCAACAGACAAGGAAAAAUAAAACAGUGGCAAGAGAAAAAAACAUCUGUCUUCUUGAUACAUUAAUAAUAUUAAUAAAUCAGAUUGUGCCAAGACCCUUACAUGAAUAAGAGCAUUUCACAGUUUCAGAAUUGUUUCAGUCAUCAGAAGCCAGCUAUGGAUGAGAAUUAACAAGUUUAAAAUUGUUCUGAAUUGGAAAAACACCACACUAUUUGGCCAAAACCAAAGUAUAACUUAUAAGACUGUGUCCUCCUGUAAUUUUUUGAGAAGUGGUUCUAAAGGGCAUAUUUAUAUAAUACUUCUCUACCCUCCCAACUUCUUUGAUGAAUGUAACCCAAUUUUACUGCUUUAAAAAGUCUUGGUUCAAACAGGAUCACCAGCUCAGCAUAACUAAAUGGACAAUGGUUUGCCAAAUUUAGCAGUGUUUUUUGUCCCCAUCCUAAUUGAAAUCACAAGUUCUUGAACCCCAUGGAAGUAAAAAUUAGAAGUGUCUCUUAAUCUUCUUGGCUUGGCCUUUAGUGGCCAUUUUGUUGUAGAAAAAAAAAAUGGUUCCAGAAUACUAUCCCCAGGCCCUCUAACAAGUGGAAGCUAUUUGUGUCUUUAUAUAACUAUCAUUUUAUUUUAUGGAAAAAUUAAUUUAUUAAUAGCCUAUUCUUAUGUGUUCUCACUCAUUUCUCUGAGUAAGUGAUUAAUUCUGAGGAAAAAAUGUUGAAUAAAACUAUGGAUAAUAAUGAAAAGUCAAAAUUUAUGUGUAAUAUUUAAUUAUUUUAUAAGUUUUAUAAUAAAGUAUUCUGUUUCUUUAUCUUU